GGCCUAGCCCAGCGUUUCGACCGACAAAUCACUCGGCUUUCGAUCGUCCUCGAACGAGAGUUUAAAUUCGACGGUGCUAGUGUUUUCCAAUCGACCAUGUCCUUCUUCGUGGACAUGGUCAGCGAGGACUCGUUCUACGAGAACCUCACUCUCGGAGUGUCAAGGCUGCUCGAGGCGAAUCCCUGUGUCAAGAACGUCCAGCUGGAGAGGAGAGGCGCCUGCGAUAGAGCUGCGCUGUCUACUUGGGAGCAAAAACACUGCUGUUUGCUGACGGAGGACUUGAGGAAUUUUUACACGUCGACCGACGGAUUCCUGCUCACCUGGAGCCUUGAGAUAUCGGGCGAGGAGUUCCCGAUCGGCCGAAUGGAGAUAAAGGACCUCUCGAGCCUGAAGCGCCACAUCGGCAGCGGCACCUCGGGCAAAGAUCAACAGGCGGAGAACAGCGGCAGUAGCAGUAGCAGUGCAACCACCAGCACAGCCGACGAGGUCAAAGCCUUGACGUCGCUGGUGGAGCCCACCUUCGGAGGCUCGCGUUGCAAGCUCUUCGAGCUUGCCGAGUGCGCCGACUGCCGAGUCUUCCUGGCCCAUCAACUCCAGCCGGACCAGGACGAGCCGUCGGUCUGGCUUCACAGCUCCACCACCCAGCGGUGGUACCAGCUGGCCGACAGUUUCUCCAAGUACUUCCGGAUGAUGCUCGUGCACCUGGGACUGCCGCUCUGGCAGAUGUGCGCCGCCGGGCUGCAGCUACCUACGUGGCUCGAGCAGGUCUACCUGCUGGUGGGACCGCACCUGCUGCAGUCGACCCAUCCCCCCAUCCCGGCGGCGAGCGCGUCCGUGGAGACGAGCCUCUGGUCGGACGGCCCGACGAACCUCAUCGAUCCGGCGGUCUUCAGGGGCAAGGAUCACGCCGGCGGCGGGGGCGCCAGGCAGAAACAGGGCAGCAACGCGGCCACCGCCGGAACGACGCCGGGCACGACAACGACGACGACGGGCAACGCCAGGAAGAAAUCCUCUUCCCACUGACGGGGUCCUUGGCCUAAUUGGCAAGCGCCGGCUUUGCGACAGCACAGGCACGCGCGAGCGCUAACGGCUUGCCAGCAGCGACUCCGGUACGUAUUUUUCCGCUGCGCGAGGAGAGGAGAGGCUGAUGCGGUACGCACUUCUAGCUCAGUUUCGGACGCCGAUCGAUUCGACCCAAUAGCGCUGCGGCUCUGCUGCUCUGCUGGCUUAUCGUCGCGCUCGCCGCGCUCUUCGAUUCGCAAUUUCGUGUACGACUCGAUUGAGCUUUCGGGAGCUUGCACGCGCGUGUGUGUUGUGUGUAUGUCUGUGUGAUAGCAACGAGUUUAUAUAUACGUACCGCUGUUGUCUUUCUCUUCUCUCGCUUUUUCAGAAGGAGAUUCCUAACGAGCAUAGCUCGUAGCUGAGAUAAGUACACCCCGCAGGAACCCAUUCUGUACUCGUCUGUUUCUGUCAGUAUCUGCAAUGAGAAAGGAAUUCAAAAGUUGAGCAAGCUCUUUAAAAAAGUACUGGAACGCUCGGCUUCUCUAACUUUUUUUUUCAAAGCUAGGCUGCUUUUUCGACAGCGACCUCGAAUGCGCGCUUGCCUUUGGAGAGCAAAAUUUACAUGUACGAGCAGGUUAUCGGGUGAAUCGAAUGAACCUAUUAUUGUCAUUUAUUAAAUCAGAGAAAUAUUAUGUAAAUAUUAUGAUGUUAGUUGGACUGCAAUGCCGAUCAAUGCAAACGCGCCAAAUAGUACUUAUGCGUUAUACAAAAUACUAAAAACUCCGCGAUGAUUACCAACACUGUAAAUUCGUAGAAUACAAAGCAAACGCGUUGUGCAACGAAAGCAAACAAAAGAAGUUGAAGCAGAGCUACGGAUAUAUUCUAAUUUUAAGAAGAUUAUUAUAGUCUCUUGAGUACUGGAAGCAAAACAUUUGGAAUUUAUGGAGUGACGAGAUUGGCGCCACUCUCUUAAUUAACCUCGUACGCGGAAUAGAAUGUAUGUACGUAUACGGAAGCAUUAAUACUGGCUGCUUCAGCGUAUGUAUGUUAUUUCAAAGCAUCGUAUGAAAACACAGAGUUGUGUUAUCUUGUAAUGUACUUCUGUAAUUUGCACAGAAUUUUUUAUAAAAUUAAAAAAAUUAAUUCAAAUUUCA